UCAAUACAUCUGUACAAUCUAUUCAUAAUCAUAAUUAUUCGAUAUGGUCUGUACAAUUUAAAAAAAUACUAAUUUAUUAAUAUUGUUUUUCCAAUAAAUUAUUUUAUAAUCGUUCAUUCUUUCAAUUAAAUUAGUUUAAAGCAUUAUAUAAAUAACAAACCAGUGUGAUAUUUAACGGUUAUAAAAAUUAGUUUAAAAGAGUAAUUUAAAGUUUAUCACUUAAUUUAAAAAUAUCAUUUAUUGCGACAAUGUCGAACCAUUAUAUUGAAAUACCAGAUCCACGAUCACCAACUGUAGAUUUUUCUAGAACUCCAUUACGAAUUAGAAAUAUUAUAAAUGAAGAAAAUAUUUCACGGAUUAUUAAUGAUUCAUUUGUUGAACUACCAUUGUGUGAGCCAGUAUCAUCUACACCAACUAUUGUAUAUGAUUGUAUGGAUACUGAUGAUUCAUUUCAUUCUGCAGUUUGUGAAAAUGAUAAUGAAUCUAUGUUAAGCGGAUUAAUUACUCCAGAUGUUAAAGAUAAAUCCAAAACAUUGAGAAAAGCUUUAGGUUGUAUCAAUAAUCGUUUGUCUGAAACACCGAAAUCUGAUAUGAGGCGUAAACUUUGGCGUAACAUGGAAGAAGAAAGAGUUAAAAAAGGUGUCAAUUUAGGUGAAGAAAAUACACCUCCUCUUCCAUUUAAUGAUAUAACUGCUUCAGCACCACCUAAAUUAUACAGAUACCGAAAAUUUACCUAAGGUUCUAAGAAUAAAUUUAAUUCUUUUUCAUUUUAAUUGUAGCAACUUUUAUAAUUUAAAUUAUUUUGUGUGUUUAUAUUUUAUAUUACUUAAAUUAUGUUUUAUUAAAAUUGUCUCAACUACCAUACUGCUUUUUUUAAAAUUAUAUACACAUACAAAUUUUUUGUAUAUAUAGGUUUCUUUUUAGUCAAUAUACCAUACCUAUAUUAUAAAAGUUUUCUUAUUACA